AUGCUCUUCCUCCUCCUCUCCAACCUUCCCCAGGCGCAGGCCGCCGCGCCCUCGGCUCGUUGGGGUCACCGUGCCAUCUUCAAUGAGGACGACAGCUCUCUCUACAUUGUUGGCGGCGCCGUGUCCAACUCGGUCAACCAGUUGACGAACGAUGUUUUCGUUCUGCCCCUUAACUCGUCGACCCAAGUCUGGUCCAACGGCCCCAACGAAGGUCUCCCCGCGCAUGCGUUCGCCUCGAUGGCGCUGUCGCAUGACCGGUCGCAGCUCACUGUGGUUGGUGGUGUCACUGCUUCGUGCGCCGACGACGACAUCACGCACACGCUCGACCUGUCUUCCCAGACCUGGUCGUCCGCCACGCCUGAAGGCUUCGUCCGUCGCCACGGCUCUGGUGCCGCCACCAUCGGUAACGGUAGCGCCAAGGGCAUGCUUCUCGUUGUAGCUGGUCUCAACGACAAGUUUGUCUGCAGCAGGACCUCGUCCGCCUACACUGCGGCCGACACCAUCGCUCUCCCUGCGUCUGACCAUCGCGCGUCGAGCAACAAGAUGGACUCGUCCCUCACGGGUGACCACCUUGCCAUCUCCGACUUUGCCAUGGCUCAGACCAAGGACGAGACUGUCUACCUCGCUGGUGGUCAGGCUGCGGACGGCUCCCUCGUCGACUACUCAACGAUUGCUGUCUGGAACAAGCAGGGAGGCUGGUCUUCCCAGAAGGUUUCUGGCGACAUUCCCGCUGGACGUCUCGGUGCUACCCUGGUGGCGCACCCCACUCAGAACGUCCUCAUCCUCCAUGGCGGGUCCACCGAGGAUGGCGGCAAGUUCUCGCCCACCAACCUCGUGUCGGUGCUUGACAUGAAGAGCUGGAAGUGGUCGGCCCCGUCACACCUGCAGCCGGCCGCGUCCACUGCGCGCUCCUACCACACCGCCGUCAUGACUCCCUCUGGUGUUAUGAUCACGUCGUUCGGUAUGAGCCUCGACGGUGCGCCCAGCGACAACCAGGCCUACCUCGACAUGCGCAGCAAGGACCAGAAGGCGUGGGGCUGGCAGUCUGACUGGUCGAGCAACUACCUCACCAAUGAGCUCGCCGCCUCCUCUGAGUCUGGAGCACACUCCAAGUCUGACAAGGGAACGAUCGCCGCCGCUGUCGUUCCCACUGUCAUCUGUGUGCUGAUCCUCAUUCCCCUUCUCGUCUACUUCAUUCGCCGCCACCGCAAGCGCCAGCGCCAGCGCCGCCUCGCUUCCCACUACUCGUUCUCUGCCCAGGAGGACCGUGGUGACUUUAACAACAACCGCAACCGCUGGGGCUGGGGCCACAGCCGUGCUGACGACGAGGACAGCCACCCGAGCUUCGUGUCUAGCAUGCGCGACGUCGUCUACAAUGUCUUCCGCCGUGGCAGCAACCACGGUGUGGGCGACGAUGGUACUAUCAACGAGCCCCAGCAGGACAUGACCCAGGUCCGCAACCCCAACGAGCUCACGCAGCACGGUCAGCCUUGGGAAGAGAUCGACUUUGGUCUUGGCCGUGUUGACCGCGUCGACCACGGACGUCGCGAGGCCAACUACACUGACCUUCCCGCUCGCAUCCCCCGCGGCCAGGGAAGCCGACGUGUUAGCGGCAACGUCAUUCCCGAUGUCUACCCCAUGCCCAUCGCCUCGACUAUGCCUUACGGUCCUGACAUUCCCGACUCUGUCCGCGAGUCGAUGGAGAACCCGUUCGAUGACCCCAAGGAGCUCAACGACGAGCAGAUUGAUGAGCGUAUUCACACCGCCUCGACUGCCGUUCAGGAGACCCCUCAGCUUGUCGACCUGAGCCCUCGCCUUGGCACUCCCAAGGACGACGGCCAGAAGACUCUUGUCACCCCUGGCUCUGUUGCCGCUGCUCAGGACGCUUCUGAGUGGGCUGCUCUUGAGGCUUCGCUCGUCAACCGCCCCGUGUUCCAGUCGAUUUCGCCCACCUCCACGCUCCGCUCUCACGCCCACGAGACGGAGGCCACGCGUGAGGAGCGCAACUCGACCCACUCGCACACGUCGCGCGACAGCUUUGUUAACCCUCCCAGCCUCCCUCCUCUCCAGUUCUCGCAGUCUCCUCUCUCACCUAGCCUCAAGGUCUCUGGUGCCUCUGUUCAGUACCCUUCGAUCAACCAGGGCAACAUGCGUCAGCUUGCCGGCCACGUCCGCCGCGAGUCGAUGGAGAGCGCUCACAUUGGCACGCUUCCCCGCAAUGCCCUCGGUCUCGCCAGGCUGCAGCAGGGCAGCCGCGACUCGGUGUCGUCGCGCCUGCACAUCGCCAACCCUUCGAGCUCGCUCGAGGAUGUGCGCAACCUCUAA